AUGGGCGGAGACCACAAAUGCCCCGUUUGUCAAGCGACCUUCACCAGGCCGCAGCACGUCGCGCGCCAUAUGCGUUCGCAUACUGGCGACCGACCGUACAAGUGUACACACUGUGGCGACCAGUUUGCCCGGAGCGACCUCCUCUCACGACACAUCAACAAAUGUCACGCUUCCGCGUCCACGACGACCAGCGAAAAGGGCAACGGGCGACGGAAAGCCUCGGCUACGCGUGCAACGACCAGCAAACAAGCAUGCGACCAAUGCGUGCAAAGUAGUCUGCCCUGUGAUGGCUGUAACCCAUGUUCCAAAUGCGUACAACGAAAAUGUCGUUGUACAUUCGUCAAAUUUCACCGACAGACAGCGCCUGUCGGCCCAGGUCAUAAUCCUCUUCCCUCGACUCAUUUACCGCCCACGGCGCAGCGUUCUUAUCUUCCUCCACCCGUAUCUGUAUCUUUCCCAACUCAGCAGCAGUUUUCUUUCCCACCACCGCAAAUGUACCCAUCCAACCUCGACGACUACCAGUCCAAGUACCGCGAGCUUAUGCAUACCCAGACGCAGCAGCCUAGUCCAGAAAUGUAUCACCCGACUCCGACAUGGGUGAACUACGAGCCUUCGCACGAUGUCCUUAAUGCCGGAGGUUCAGGUCUCACGAGAGCUCAUUCGCUGGAGCAUCAUCAUCACCAUGGCUCCCACUCCAACCAUCACUCCAACCAAAUCUACGACGAAGGCGGAGGCUGGACGAGAAGAGAUUCUUUUUCAGAGAGUGGAGGCAGCAGCGCCGCAAGUAGCAGCGUUCACUUACCGCUUUACGAGAACGUUGAUCCUUCAACAGCGGCGGCAGCGGCAGAUGCACGCCUAGAAGCUUUCGGGAUGAUGAGCCUUGAGGAGCCGAACGCCCUCUACAAUGGUUCCGCCCCGUUCUUCGAUGGUAUUUUCCCAUCGUCAUCGACUCAACCGACGGCUACUGUCAACCAUGUACCGGUGUCCAGUAUGAUGCAAAUUCCAACUCCCCGUGAAGCGGAGACCAGGGCACUUCGUGAGUUUUGGAAGGAGUACAUGCGCAGCACGCCCUUAUAUCCCCCAGCUAACCACGCCCAUUCGGCAUCUCCGCCGCAUCCAGUGAUGAGUCCACCGAACGGCCGGAAGCGCGUUUCGAGCUUGCCGAGCGUGAAGACGCCCACGGAAAAUAUAGUCGGUGGUGGUGAAGGCAAGGGCGGCUUCGAGGAUGCCGUGAUGGCUCGGAAAACGCUAGGAAAUCUCAGCAUGGGAGGCAUCCAAGGCAUCAAGGGCCGACGAAUGACGCACUUAAAUCCUCCGUCGACUUCGUCGAAUCCUCAGCCGCGCCAGCCGCCUAUAAACAACGGUCCCUCCUAUGGUUUCUCUCUCGCCGGUGCUAUGGGCGAGGGAGAAAGACCCAACUUCAAGCGCCUCCCCAGCCAGGUUCUGGAACCAUUCGGGGGGUCGAAGCGGGUGAGAGGCGACGGAGGAGGUGACGACCCAGACGACCUGAUGGGUAUGGUCAAGGUGGAGGGUAGCGAAUGA